GUGAGGCGGCGCGGCGGGACGGCCAGCAGAACCCGGCGGGAAGGAGGAGGAGGAGGAGGAGGAGAAGAAGGAGGAACGCGGGGGUCAGCCCGCUAAGCUGGUCAGGAUGGAUAAGUACGACGAUCUGGGUCUGGAAGCCAGCAAGUUCAUCGAAGACCUCAACAUGUACGAGGCUUCCAAGGACGGUCUCUUUCGGGUGGACAAAGCCGCCGGCAACAACCCCGAGUUCGAGGAGACCAGGCGGGUCUUUGCCACCAAAAUGGCCAAGAUCCACCUCCAGCAGCAGCAGCAGCAGCAGCAGCAGGAGGAGAUGCUGAUGGCUGCCCUGAAUGGAGGAGCUGCUUUCAACCCCCCCCGGCCCAGCCCGCCGGCAGCACGGGGUGCCAAACCGCCCCCGGCCUCCGCCGCCGAGGGGCCUCGCACGAGGCCGUACGAUGGUGGGGAGCGCGGCUUUGGCGAGAGCGGGCCACGCGCCGAGGCCCCGGGGAGCCAGGCCGGGCGCUGGGGCUGGGAAGCAGAGCCCGACAGGAUCCCCAGAGCGGCGGGCUCACGUCCCGGCGUGGGGCACGAGGAGCAGCAGACCGGGAGCCCCGGCGACCCCCAGCCCUGCCGCGGCGGGCAGGAGAACGGCAGCCAGGGAAGGCAGUGUGGCGGGGGCCGUGACCCGACGCCAGCCGGGCAGAGGUCCUCCUCCUUCUCCCAUGCCCAGACCCCCCCGGCACCCUCGGCGGGGACAGAGGAGGGGGCACCGGGGGCACUGCCGCAGCAGAGGUCAUCCUCUUUCUCGGCCCUCUCGGUGCAGCCCGCCCGGGGGUUUUCGGGCCCCGCCGAGCCCUGCGGUCCCAGGGCCAGAGGGGACGGCAACCAGCUGUGGUACCAGGGUGUCCCACUGUCCUUUUCCUCCAGCUCUGCGCCCGCCGCCCCGAGCGUGGACUACCAGCACACCACUGCCUACCCCAGCCCAGCUGGCCACUUCGUGGCCCACGGUCAAAACCACCGGCCCAACGGCAACGGUGCGAGCCCAGAGCCGGGCUCCUCACGCCUGGCUUCACGUGGGCUGACGGCUCCAGAUGCUCCACAGCCGCUUUUCCCGGAGGGUGUGAGCGGCCCGCGGUCGGACGCCAGGCACCCGGAGGGCUCCAGCAUGGCGAAGGUGAAGCUGCCCUGCCAGACCCUCCUUCCGCAGCCAGAGCAAGGGCCGUCGGCGGCCGAGCUGAAGCUGGAGGCACUGACCCAGCGCCUGGAGCAGGAGAUGGAUGCUCGGCCAAAGGCCGAUUACUUCGGCACCUGCGUGAAGUGCAGCAAGGGGGUGUACGGAGCAAACCAGGCUUGCCAGGCCAUGGGCAACCUCUACCACGACGGCUGCUUCACCUGUGGAGCCUGCAGUCGAAAGCUGAGAGGAAAAGCCUUUUAUUUUGUUAACGGCAAGGUGUUCUGUGAAGAAGAUUUCCUGUAUUCUGGUUUCCAGCAGUCAGCUGACAGGUGUUUCAUUUGUGGUCAUUUGAUAAUGGACAUGAUCCUGCAGGCUCUCGGGAAAUCGUAUCAUCCAGGCUGCUUCCGAUGCGUGGUCUGCAACGAGUGUCUGGAUGGUGUGCCGUUCACUGUAGACUCUGAAAACAAAAUCUACUGUGUCAGAGAUUACCACAAAGUUUUAGCUCCCAAGUGUGCAGCGUGUGGACUUCCCAUUCUGCCCUCCGAGGGUUCUGAUGAGACCAUUCGGGUUGUGUCCAUGGACAAGGAUUACCACGUGGAAUGUUAUCACUGUGAGGACUGUGGGAUGGAACUGAACGACGAAGACGGGCAUCGCUGCUACCCACUAGAUGAACAUUUGCUUUGUCACUCCUGUCAUCUGAAACACAUAGAGAACGGCACAACCCCAGCAGCUGCGUACCAGCACCACUACUAGCCAGCGUGGCCAACAUCGGAAAGCCGGGACAGAAGACUUGUUACAUGAGCUCCCUCUCCCCACCCUCAGUUGAUUUCCUGUGCAUGUUUUUCACCAGUCGACAAUGUUCCUGUAAAAGGAUAUGAGAGAUUUUUGCUGGAUUCCCAGAGUUUGUAUGCUUGUGAGUUCCAGCUGUAUCAGACCAUGUCUACUUGACCAAGAAUGUGGCGUGUUAUCUAAACUGAUUGGUUUACGUGCCUUUGCUGUCUGGAGAUUCCUCUUGGCUCAUUUUGGAAGAUUCUUCAGUGAAAGCACAAUUUGCUGUCGUGCCUAUGAACUCAGAUCGUGCCAUGCACAAUUAAAAAGCCAGAGGCUGGCCUGCCUGCCUGCUGGGGACAUCCCGUCAGUCUACUAAGUGUUUCCUGACAAGCUUUCAUCAGAUUCCCUGAAGGACAUCAACCUAUUAAUACCAGUUUUUAGACUCUCUCUCUCUCUCUUUUUAUUAAUUCUUUAGGAAAAGAAAAGAAAGGGGUCUGUGCAAAAUGGCAUACUCAGACCUUCCAGUUAAUUCCCCGAACUCUGGUAUCAAGUCUGCUGUAAAAGCACCAACUCUCCGAGCACAAACCAGGCAUGCUGGCUGGCAGCUGGAGGCCGACAUCCCAUUUCAAACAGAACAAAAAACUGGAACAAGCUAGGCUGAGCUACCGCGAUGACUUGGGGCCCGGGUUUGCGUGUCAGCGUGAUACACAGGGGCCAGUCUGCUGUGUCAGAGUCUGAAUAGUGGAUCAUAUUUGGAAAGGAAAGGUCGGGAUGCUGAAAGUGUGGACACAGGGGAAAUCAAUCCUCGUUCUUGCUUGCAGAGCUCUCUUUGGAAAAAAGCUCUCCCUAUGCAGACACUUGCCUGAGUUUUCCAGUUUGUCCCCACAGCUCAGCCCCCAGCCUGGCCACUCCUUCUUGUGGUGUUUACUCAGCACAAAGCCAUUUCGUAAUGGUGCUUAUUUAGAGCUCUGGGAACAAACUUGAGAUCGAUACAAAGGCUUUGUUACACAGGGAUUUAGAGCCCAGCUCCACAACCUGUACUCAGAUGAGUAUGUUGGUAUAAACAGAUUUGCUCCCAUGAACAAUAACAGCCUAUCUGAGCAAGGGCUUAGAGAGUUUGACCCUUACUUUCUGUUCUGCUGACAAAGCAGAAAGGCAAAUUGUUUCUCUUUUUGACCCCCCCCACUUUAUAGUCAAAGAAAUCUGCUCCCCCAGUAUGUGUUACAUAUAUGAUAGGUGUGCCUGCAGUGCAUGUUCUGCAGGUACCAAAGCUGUGCAGACCCUCGUGUACAGGUACAAAGUUUUUGUUUAAGAAAAAGCUCUUAAUUUAAAGCCUCAGAUGCAGCUGGGGAUCUUAGCUACCCUUUCCAACAUAUUGUGUGGAAAACUAGUUAAAUCCUCAUGUAUUUACGCUAAAGACAUAAAUUUGGUUCUGGUUGGUAGAGGCUGCAGUGACAUUCUUGAAAAUCUUUUUAGUGAGGAAACUACAACAAAUUAGUUGAGCAGUGGCACUGGGACUCCCGAAAUAAGCCCAUGCUGAGAACUCACUAUGGUUCAACGAAACCUCUUUUCCAGUAGCAGGGAUGUAGCUAGGCAGGUGCUUGAACUUCACACCAUGUAGUCAGGCUGUCUCGUGUACCCAUCGGGACCAGCACAGGCACCGGGUAGCAGCAAGCUGCUUGUCUCUGCCCAUGCUAAUAAAUACCCCGGGCUUCCAUUUUGCGUGGUGCAAGUUGCUGCACUAAGUAUUAAACAGAGGCACAAGCAUCUGCUGUAAAACAAAUGGAGACCAGUGGCCUGUCAGCACCUUGCUGCACAUCUGUAACAGCCUGCCUUGGCUGAAAUGUGAACGUCUGAAACUGCCCAAGCCUCAGGAGCUUGGUGGUUUUGGCAUGGAGUUUCAUGGGGCCGACAGACCAUCCAGCCUGCUGCCCCAUCCAGCUGUCAGUGCCUGCGCCUGUUGCUGCUGCUCUUCGGGAUGGGGACAGCAGCACGUGGCGGGAGGUCAGUCCUGCGCUGGAAACCAUCCGGAGCUCCAGCUUUGCUGUAGCUUGGCUCUGCAGUGCUGUUUCUCCUGGGGACAUGCAGCCCCUUAGUGAGUGACUGAAAGCUCCAGGCUUGGCAGGAGGACUUUCCCACUGCAGUACACAUGGCUCUGAGGCAUAUAUAUUUUUGGAGAGUUUUACCUGUGAUUUUAGAGGAGGUAAAAUUGACCCCAAAUACGUGAGGUCCCUAGAGCCUUAAAUUUAGCCUCCAAAUGCUGGAUAGUGAAGGGAUGGGAGCCGACACAAAAUAUAACUGGUGCUAUAUCCAGGCAGUAUGGAUCAGGGGCAACGAACCAGCCAGGGCAGAUCCUGCAGUGCUCUCACCCUGGAGCAUCGCAUCAGCUUGUGUCCUGCAGUGCAGCUAGGCCUGGGGCAGGGGGGUUUCAAGGUAUGACUGUGAUCUUAGGACUGUCUGCAGGGACUGAGGUGAGAAAUAACUCCAGCUGAUGUCCCUGGUAAAUAAUUCAGAGAGUCCUGGGCAGGUGGUUCCUCUCCCUGAGCUUCCUUUGGCAGUGAAGGCAGCGAGCUAUCAAAGUGGCUUCGGGAAGUGAGCUGGAAACACCAGCCUUGCUCAUCUGUUGCUCUGUCUCUGAGAGAUCAGCUGCUGUGUGGCUCAGGCUUUUGGUAGCUCUUGAUUUUUAGAGCAACCCCUCAUGCACGUUUUCUGGCCUUCGUUUUGGAAAGAGCUGAAAACACUAGCAGGACUGCUAUUUUCCAUUUAAGCUGCGGUUUAAACUACUGUUUCACUCUUGCAGCCUCCCCCAAAGUAAACAGGAAAGAAGGGGAAGGGGAGAAGGACAAUUUCCCUUCGUGGAAAGCUUCGAGCAGCCUGUUUGUGGCGAGCUGUCUUGCAGGAGUCUCCUUUGCAUCACUGGAAAGUUUGAUCUCUGCUCCCACAGUGUCUUGUUACUCCUGUCAGCCGUCCCGUAUCCCUCAGCUCUGGGGAGUGAAGGCUGCCCUACUUUCAGUUUUGAGGGCCCGUAUAAAUUAUUAAGUACCAAUGCUCUCCUUUCUUGUAUUUACAAGGAGCUAGAAACAACAAUGUGAAGCUAUUGAAAACAGACGGCAUGAGUUCGUGGAUUUGAAGCUAAAGCAUCUACUGCAUUGCCCUGCUCCCCUACGCGUGCUAACUUGCACUGCUUUUGUCUUUGGGAGCUUGAAUUCAUUUAAGUUCGUUAUUAUUUCUCCUAGGCUGUGGGUGUCUGAGUCCCUGUUGAUUGUCCCCGGCUUGUCCCUGGCUCUGCAGCUGCCUGACGGUGGGUCCGGGCUUGGGGGGGAGACAGGGACACCCUGCACAGGAGAGGCUUCUGCUCCUCCUGCUCCCCCGGCAGGCAUCUGUGGAGCUGCAAGCCCUCGCUGCCUGCCUUCAGGCAGCUCUCCCAAAGGGAAAAAUGGGCAGGCAGGCACCCCUAGAGCUGGAGGUGCAAGGCUUUGUGUCCUCUGCGGAAGAAUUUCAGAAAACGUGUUAAAUUCUGCCUAUCUCCUGGCUGAUACAUAUUGGGUUUUGCUGUUCACGUGAACCUUGUUGUCUUUUAAUUUAUUGAGGUGCUGAAACGUGCUAUGAAAAGUUAGUCUUAAUUCCUCCCCCAGCAUGCUCUUCUGACUGGUUUUAGGGUAAGGGUAGGGUAAGGGAGCCUUGGAAGUCCCAUUGUGCCGGUAAUGAGUAACUCUCAUGCAAAUAGUUAAGUGAAUUCCCUGAAAUUUGCUUUCAGGACCCGAGCUUAAUAGAUUUUUUCAUUCAGAUCAUGCUGUUAAAUUCCUAUUGUUUAGAAUACAGAAACUCAUUUAAAUAGGGAUGUUUGCAUAAAAGCCAUGGAAAAGCCCCAGCUAUAGAAGAAGCAGAUAUUUUUGUGUAAUUUAAAGUGUAAGAAACACCCAUGAUCAAAGUGAUUUAGGAAACUGCCCUGAUGUUAAACACAGGGAACAGCAGUUUCAAACACGCCAGUGAGGAGCAUUUGAUGAGGUCUGUGGCUCUUCAGUUUCUGAGUUUCAUUUGGGGGCUUUUAAAAUGUUUUCCCAGUCUUUCAGGGUUUAAAUGAUUUUUUGAUAGAUCUUUUUACUACAGAGUAAAUAGCUCCUUGGUCUGGAAAUGGUGGAGUUUCGUCAGCAUCAGGUGUGCUAUGGCAGCCUUGAAAGGGGGAAACUGCGCUCGUAAGAGCUGGUAUGCGUCUGGCUGGCCAUUCAAAAGAAAGGGUUAUCUUUGGCUGCCGAGAGAAUAAAGUAAAUAUCUUCCUGUGCUUUCUCCUUGUGCUGAUUUUUUAGCACUGGGCAAAUCUUUGGCAUCUCUGCAUUUCAGUAUUCGGGUCUGUUCGUAAGCGUUGCUGUGACUUCCACCUCUGUCUCCUGUGAGUUCACAGCCCUGGGGAGAAUCACAGGCACAGGCUUCCUAAUGAAUUUAGUCCCUAUUUUAAACUUCCCUGGAAAUUUUACCACUUUAUUAUUUCAGCAACAGCAAAACUGAGUCCUUGCUUCAAGGAAAAUUGACGCAUGCUCUCCAUCCUUACUUGAACGCUUUGACCUGAUCCUCCAAAUUACCUGACUAUCAGCCUGCUGCUGGUCGAUGCAGCGGCAGCUUUGUACUCCGCUGCUGUUGCUGAGAAAAUCACAUGAAGGACUCCAUCUGCAUUGAACUUCAACUGCGCCAGCAGUCCCACUGAAACCAAUAAGGCUGCGCACGUACAUGAAAAUCAAUGUGUGUGCGUAGGUCAGUGUUGGAUCAAGGGCAGAGUGAUGUUAUUACAGACAAGGCAUACCUGAGGGUGAAUCUGUGGCAGUGUGCAAGUGGCCUUGAAACGAUGGCUGAAAUGGACUGCCAACUUUUUUGUUCAAUAAACAAAAAGAUGUACUGAAGCAGUGGAGGUGCAUGGAGAAAGAAGGAUGUGACUCAGAAGAUAGAGUAGCUGUAGGGAAAAGAGGGCAGGUGGUUACAGAGAGCAGGGGAGAAGGCAGCAUGGAGGGGAUUUGCUUUGGUUUAUUGUAUUUCUGGACAUUUAUUAGAGGGGGUUUUGAGGGGUAGUGCACCUGCGUACACCUGUCUGGACUGUGCUUCUCCCAUGUCAGCCUCGGCUGCGUGCUCUGUGUUCACUUUUAGGGUGAUGCGUGCUGUCGUGCCUAUGCACAUGGACGUGCGGCACGUGCUGCCUGCGAGAGACCUGCCUUUCACACCUCUGUACCCGUACCAAGUAUUUAUCGGUGCAUUUGAGCAACUUUCUGUGCGUGAAUGUAAGGACAAGUUGACCCAGACUUCAUCGCUAGGGAAACAUCUCUGGAGUCGGUACCUGCGGGCCAGAAAGGGCUAUGGCCAGAUACACAUCCCUUUUCCUCCAUCUUCUGACAGGGCCCAGUACCUGUGUUGCUGGGAGGGGGUUUGCUCCUCUCAUCGCAUAGUGUUUGUGCAUUCAUUUCUCUUUUCCGUUUCUGUGUCCUGCUGUUCGCUGGCUGCAGUGGUACUAUGUGUACUUACCGGUGCCAGCUGGGCAGGCAUCUUGCUGCCAUGAGCCCAAACAGAGCCUGGAGCUGCUCACCCACCCCUUUCCUAAGAAGAAGCGAAAUUAAGCUUUUCUGAGCAAUAAAAAUCCUCACACUGCUUUCUUCCAGGGCAGCCAGAAGCUCGCGUGGCAAUAUGCAUCAGUAGCCCACUAAGACGAGAUGAGAGAUGGGAAGAAACUGUCCCCACAUGAAAAUACAUGGCAUAGAGCCCCCAAAGGCAGACGACAAGGAUAGCCCGGUGGCAGGAUGACCGGGCUGCGGUUCUCAGCCCUCCUGGCGUCGACCCUCGUCCCCACGCAGCAGGUCUGCGGUGCACGGCUGGACAGGGACCUGGGCACAUACACACGCAGGCUGUGGCUUUCUCUAUGUGUAAAGCAAAUCCAGAGCCUGACUAACGAUACUGAAUGGUACUAAUUGUUUUGUUUAUGUUUCCUUCAAAGCUCAACUCCAGGAGAGAGUAUUUUAGGAUUUGUGCUGGUGUAACUAACCUUAGCCACCUGUGAACACAGCCCUCUUCUUCUGUGCUGUUAAGUAUUUAUAAGGAAUGAAGGCCAGCAGCGGGGGCAAAGCCGCUGGCCUGUUGUGAUUUCAGUCAUUAAAGACAGUAUCGUAAAGCAA